AUGAAAAGCUCAACCCCAGUAUCCUUUUCUAUUACUACCGUUUCUCCUCUCCUCCUCCUCUUGCUCCUCCUCACCACUGCCGAACUCUGUAGCUCCCAGCGCAAUAAAAGCUGCCAUCCUUCUUGCGGCGACCUCAGCAUUCGCUAUCCGUUCCGUCUAAGGGGCGAUCCGCCUGAAUGCGGUGAACGGGAGUUGGAACUUGUGUGUGAAGGAAAAGAUGCGGUGCUCUAUCUCGACUCCGACAAGUACUACGUCACCGAGAUCUCAUAUAAGAGACGGCGAUGUCGGCUACUCUAUGCUGGUUUCGUGACAGGCACUUGCCGUCUCCCACCCCGUGUCCUUUCUAGCGUUAUAGAUUUCCGUGACUUCCUUUCAUCGUUCAUUUUUUAUGAGACAUUUGGGGGCUCAACUACAAACUGGGCCAGUUUUAUGAACUGCACGCAGGAAAUCCACAGCCCGGAGUAUGUGGCCGUGCCUUGCCUUAGCGGGAACAACUCCACUACAUAUGUCGUGGUCGAGUCCUAUGCAUAUGAGAUACGCUACCUUAAGAAUUCAUGUAGCUGCAUCACCUAUCUUCCGGUUGAAGGAUUCUUGAGUACAGGCAUGGAUAUCUUUGAGCUCCUACGGAAAGGAUUCCCGGUUGAAUGGUCAUUUGACAUCCCGAACGAGAGCAUCGUCGAGCAGUUGAGCAGACUUAUUGCUACUUCAAUUGCUGCUGUAUUCCUGGCGUACAACGCUUGGAAAAUGAGAUCACCCGUCGACUCGGUAGAGAAGUUUCUGCGGAACCAGGAAACUCUGUCGCCCACACGGUAUGCUUAUAGCGACAUCAUCGCCAUGACAAGCCACUUCAGAGAAAAGAUAGGCCAAGGCGGCUUCGGUUCCGUCUUCAAAGGGCAUCUCCUCGGCCGGUACCCUGUCGCUGUUAAGAUGCUGGGCGGCUCCAAGUUCGACGGAGAGGAGUUCAUCAACGAGGUCUCCACCAUCGGUAGGAUUCACCACUUGAACGUGGUGCGGCUUCUCGGCUUUUGCUCCGACGGAUCCAAGAGAGCGCUGGUGUACGAGUACAUGCCCGGCGGCUCACUCGACAAGCACAUCUUCUCUGCAAGCAGAAGCAACCAUCGCCGGUUCACCAUGGAGAAGCUCCGUGACAUAGCCCUGGGUGUGGCCAGGGGCAUCGACUACCUUCACCAUGGGUGCGACAUGCAGAUCGUGCACUUCGACAUCAAGCCCCACAACAUCCUCCUCGAUCACGCUUUCACGCCCAAGAUCUCGGAUUUUGGAUUGGCAAAGCUGUAUCCGAAGGACUACAGCCUGAUAUCCAUCAGCGCCGCGAGAGGCACGAUAGGAUACAUAGCGCCUGAACUGAUAUCUAGGAGCUUCGGGGUCAUAUCUCACAAGUCAGAUGUUUACAGCUUCGGCAUGCUGCUUAUGGAGAUGGCUGGAGGAAGGAGAAACGUGAAUCCAAAGGCGGACAAGUCCAGCCAGAUCUACUAUCCUUCAUGGAUCUACGACCAGCUCGCCGGAGAGGAAUGGCCAAGAGAGCCAAGAUUGGAUGAGAGUACGGAGAUCGAUGCGAUGGAGAGAAAGCUGUGCAUGGUGGGGCUCUGGUGCAUUCAGAUGAAGUCAUGCGAUCGCCCCUCCAUGAGCCGCGUGGUGGAGAUGCUGGAAGGCGACGUGAAUGACUUGCGCAUGCCUCCCAAGCCCUUCUUCUCCUCCCCACAGCCAAGCUUGGGAAGACAGUCCUCCUGCAUGCCUUCAUGUUCUGCAGGACUAGAAAUCAUUUCAGAGCAUGACGACCUUCCCUGAACCUGACACAAGCAAAUGCGGUUUACCUGCAUUGUCCUAGCUAGUUUUAGUAUUCAAAUUGCUGGUGUGAGCAGGCCACUGUACUGUCGAUUUCCACAACAUCAAUAAGCAACACAAGUCUAAAUCUCGUGUUAAUGUAAGAUUUAAUUUCAGGAGUUAAUGCUACGUGU